UCCUCGCGCUGCCGGAGCCGCCUCAGUGCGGGCGGCGCGGGCGGACCCGCUGGAUCAUGGCUGAGCAGCGGCAGGAUAAGGGGGCGCUGAUAAGCGAGACCCGGCGGCGUUUCGAGGCGGAGUACCUGCCAGAUAAAUCAGAUAAAUAUGAUUCUAGAGAUGUGGAGAGACUUCAGCAAGAUGAUAAAUGGGUUGAAAACUACUUGAUUUGGCGUCAUGAUGUUGUGGAUGAUACGUUAAAGAUGAUUGAUGAAAGCUUUCAGUGGAGGAAGGAAUACACAGUUAAUGACUUAUCAGAAUCUGUCCUUCCAAAAUGGUUAUUUGAAAUUGGUGCUCUCUUUCUGCAUGGAUAUGAUAAAGAGGGCUAUAAGUUAUUUUGGUUCAAAGUGAAGCAUCAUACAAGAGAUCCUAAACAGCAACUUGACAAAAAGAAACUGGUGGCUUUUUGGUUAGAACAUUAUGCCAAGAGAGAUCAUGGAAAGCCCUUGACAGUGGUAUUUGAUAUGGCUGAAACUGGAAUCAGUCACAUAGACUUGGAUUUUGUCAGGUUUAUUGUCAACUGCUUUACAGAUUAUUACCCAAACUUCCUCACAAAGAUAGUAAUAUUUGAAAUGCCAUGGAUAAUGAAUGCUGCUUUUAAAAUCGUGAAGGGUUGGCUUGGCCCAGAUGCAAUAAGCAUGUUAAAGUUCACAAACAAGAAUGAUGUGCAGGAAUACAUCAGUGCAGAGUAUCUGCCACCUCACAUGGGUGGAACUGAUUCUUUCAAGUACAGUUAUCCUCCUUUGGUUGAUGAUGAUUUUCAAACUCCUUUAUGUGAAAAUGGGCCCAUUACAAGUGAAGAUGAGCAUGAAAGUAAAGAAGAGAUAGAUGCAGACACCAAGGAGACUGGGGAGCUGAAUGAAGCACAAAACCUUAAUCAGAAAAAGAUGAAUUCUAUAGAACAAAUUUCCAAAUCAGAGGAAACUGACAAAACAGAGGUCAAACCAAAAAAUGCAAAGAAAGCAUUAACCACUUUUAAAGGACCUUUAUUACAUAUCAGCCCAGCAGAAGAGCUGUAUUUUGGAUCCAAAGAAACUGGAGAGAAAAAAUGUUUGAUAGUUCUCACAAACGUCACUAAAAAUGUAGUGGCUUUUAAAGUGAGAACAACUGCACCAGAAAAAUACAGGGUUAAACCCAGUAACAGCAGCUGUGAACCUGGCACCUCAUUAGAUAUAAUAGUUUCUCUUCAUGGUGGUUUUGCAGCUUCUUUGCAGGAUCGUUUCCUUAUAAUGGCAGCAGAAAUGGACCAGUCUUCUGGAGCAGGUGUGCCAGAACUGACUCAGUUUUGGAAAGAAGUCCCUAGGACCAAAGUGAUGGAACAUAGGCUCAGGUGUCACGUCAUAGAAAGUAGUAAGCCCUCUUCUCUGACAUUAAAAGACAAUGCAUUUAAUAUUCCAGCAAAAACUAAUGAAGAUUUACAUAUACAGCUAACUCAUUUACUGCAGAUUAAUAAAAGACUUGAGGAGCAGAUGAAUCGCUGCCUCUGGUUCCAGCAGCUGUCAGUUGUUUUAUCACUGCUAUCAGUUACUGUUGCUGCCUUCUGUUUCUACCUGGCCUAUGCCCAGAGAAGCUAAAAAGAAUUGCUGUGCCCUGGAUGUGCUGCUGCCUGUCAUGGCUCUUUGGAGUCAAAAAGAUUGCAGUGCUGCACUUGGAUUCUGGAACUGCCAAAAUGAGGUUUGUGAGCCUACAGCAAUGAACAAGGAACAGUUUACUGGGGGAAAAAAAAAAAGAUAGAAGAAAUGAAUGACCAGCAAACAAAAUUACUGAAAUUAUUUGCUAAGUUGACUCUUACAAUAGGCCAUAAGGAAGAUGUUAAAGUUAGUACCUAUUUUCACUGUACAACUCAAUAAAAACUACUGAAUGGAAGGAGGAAAGCAAAUACAACAUUAUUUAAGACUGUUGUGCUUUUUUUUUCCUUCUAUUCAACUACCUUAAAUACAAUAUUUCAUUUCUUUUCAUCGUAUUCAUUCUUACAUUCUGAAUUACUCCCAUAGAA